AUGGCCCAAUCACAAGUUAUCAAAGCUUUCAGGAGCUCUAAUAUGGACAAUUCCAUCGACAACGAAUUCCACGAGCUAGUUCUCGAGCAACACAACGUCGUAUCUGACCAGUGGGAGACCGAAUGGGAGGAUUUCGAGCAAACCUGGUCACCCUAUGAUGAUUCGGAAGGAGACGAAGAACCCGAAGAAGACGAUGACUUCUAUACUGAAGGUGACUCGGACUCUGGCAUAGAUUCGUGGCACGAAGCUGAUGGCUAUUACAGUGACGAUGAUGGGUGUAUGCAAGAUCAUAUCGAGUAUGUACAUUUUGGGAAGGGGAUGGAGUUUAAUGGGGAACAGUGGAUUUGGGAGAAUGAUGAUGACUUGUCGUCUGAGAUGAGUGGGUGA